AGUUUCUCUUAAAUUUUAUCAGCUUCAUUGUUUUUCCCAGAUAACUAUUCGUAGAACACCUCAAAAAUUCUGCCUGAAAUCUGUACCAAGAUGUGUAAUAGUUUAUUAGUACUAAAAUAUCUAGUAAUCGCGUUCGCUUAUUUCCAUCUUGCUUCACCAAAGGUAGUAAGUACCGAGUACCUAAAAAAUUGCAACGAAGUUCUUAAGAAUGGUACCACCGAGUCUGGCUUUUACUACAUCCAACCACAAGACUACCCAGACCCUUUUCUGGUUUACUGCAACAUGGACAGCUCCGGAGGCGGCUGGACAACCAUACUUAACAGAGUUGAUGGGUCUCAACCCUUCAACCAGGACUGGAAGACUUACAAGUUCGGUUUUGGCAACCUGGCUGGAGAGUUUUGGCUGGGUUUGGAGAAAAUACAUUAUUUAACGAAGUACGAAAUACACGAACUUCUGUUUGAACUAGUUGAUUGGGACGAUGUAGAAGCAGAUGCGCACUAUGAUUACUUCAGUAUUGGAAAUGAAGACGAAGGUUACGAUUUGAAACUACUGGCGGGGUUUAGUGGGGCGGCUGGUGACUGUUUUAGCGAUUUGGCAGGAAUGAAGUUUAGUACGGAAGAUGUAGAUAAUGAUGCUGUUAGUACUAGCGAUUGUGCUUAUUAUGCCAAUGGGGGAUGGUGGUUCAAGGAUUGCAAGAGCGGAAAUCCGACUGGGUCGUACUACCAUGGUGGUAAUAGUUCUGGGAGCGAGUCAGCUCUGUACUGGGAUACGUUCCAUCCGGAUCACUACAGUCUUAAGGAACUUAGAAUGAUGAUCAGACCAAAAGAGUAGAAUAUUGUUCAUUGACUUAAAUAAAAUAUUCAGAAAGUUU